AUGGACGUCACGCCCAAGUUCUCCGGAAAGGCUCGCGUCAGUCCGCUGGACAAGCCCGUGGAAAAGUCCAAAAGUCGAAAUGAUCAAAUAAGCCUCAGUGCCUUUGCCUUCAUCUUCUCAGAGCUGGUGCAGUACAGUGAGCAUCGCGUGCAGCUCUCCUCGGAGCUGCAGUCGAAGCUGGCAGAGACGGGCUACGCCGUCGGCCAACGCGUGGUGGACAUCAUGCUGAUCAGGGAGAAGAACUACAAGCGGGAGACGCGGCUCAUCAACAUGCUCAUCUUCAUUCGCAGCAAGGUCUGGCUGACGCUGUUCGGAAAGGAGGCGGACAAGCUGGAGCAGGCAAAUGAUGACAAGAAUACCUACUACAUCAUCGAGCGUGAGCCUAUCGUCAACAAGUUCAUCUCCGUGCCGAAGGACAAGAAGUUCAUCAACUGCGCCGCCUUUAUCGGCGGCAUCAUCGAGGCGAUACUCAACGAGUGCAAUUUCCCAGCCAAAGUCACCGUCCACUGGCACGAGGGCACCACCUUCAUGAUCAAGUUCGACGACUCGGUCAUCGCCCGGGACAAACUGCUGGAAAAGUAG